AUGUCACCGGAUUAUGGCAGAUGCAAUGUGGUUACAUGUGUUAUAGCUCCGUUGAGUCCAUCACCCAUAAUAGAUUUUGGUCCACGCUUAGGUUAUUUUCACGACGACGAUUCUGAAUUCCUCGACAAGUGGGACGUCAAUGAAUUGGCCCUAGUAAAGGAGCGUUUGUUUGAACAAGUUGUAUCGCACGAGCCUAUCCAAACGAUAUGCGGAGGUAUUUCUUGCCAGAUGACCAGAGCUUUGGGAAAGCAGGAACUAGCUAGCAGUAGCGCUUAUCUGCAUACUGAUUUCUGGUACAUAGGAGGAGCUACAGUUUCGCCGGAACAUAAAGACUUCAGGACAGACUAG